AGUCCCGCAUUACCGAAAAACACGUCAAUGCGGGGAAAAAAAGAAAACUCUUUCCUUUCUUUUUUUCUUUUCUUUUUCUUACUCAACUUUUUGCUCGACAUAAAACAGUCGCACACCCAACACAACACAGUCAGUUUCACGUCAACUUGGGCUCACCGUUUUAAGAAGGAAUCACAUGGAAGAUAGGAAGUGCCAAACGAAUAAAAAUGGGUUCUUCCCGUAAAAUUCAUCUCCCACUAGUUUUUGUAACAUUCGUACCAGUUUCAAGUUUCUGAUACGGCGAGGCCGACUUCCUCUUCCCCCCCUCUGCCCCUAACAGAGCCAAUCCGCUUUGCCGGAGAAAACACAGAAAAAGUUUAACAAGACGUUGGAAAAGAAGAUGAAGAAGAAAACGUGGACGAAGAGAAAAGAAAGAAAAAAAAAAAAAAAAACGUGGACGACGAUCACGUAGCCGGGAGCGAAGACGAACUUGCGGCACCGGUUACUCGAGCUAAACUGGGAAAAGCAGUUGCUCAGACUCCUUUUCAUUUUCUCUUUCUAUCCCGUUCUCUUUGAUUUUAUUUUUUGUAUUCGUCUUUUUUUUGUUUUGUUUUGUUUUUCCUUCCUCUCUUUCUAUUCCUUCCCGUAUUGCCUUCUGUGUUGUAUGUGUUAGCCGCAGACGAACUAUUUUCAGCCAGUUGGGAAAAAAAAAGAAAAUCUCCCUCCCCCGCGAGUAGCACAUGCAGGAACAAGAUCCGCCACCUCAGCAAAGCCAAGGUUUUUUUAUUCCUCUCACCUCGUUACAAGCCCUUGGAUUUAGCUUUCGUCAUCGUUAGAUACACUCGUCUUUUUUCAUUUUUGUAUUCUCGUGUCAUCUUGCACCAUGCCAGAAAUGCAGCCUUCGUCUAAGGUUUUUCCCUUUCCAUCUCAAUCAACGGCAAAUCGGAAAUAAGUUCAGGUGACGUACGGUCCCAGCUCGCUAGUGCACAUCGACAAAAUUGAAUGGCUAUAUUAAGGUUGUGGGGGGUGAGCCAGUGAUACAGAAAUGUUUAACACGUUGACGGAUGGGUUUCGAUGUUUCGGUGGUUUCAGUAAAAAGUAACAAUGAAAUUACGGUUUGAUCGAUUGAUAAUGUGACAACGUUGGACUGUUUACCUUUUUUUAUUUUUUUGGUCGUCCGAAUGAAAUAACACUCGAAUGAAUAACAUCAAGUAGCAGGUGCCAGAAAUAAUUGACGUGGACUUUUUGAUUUCCCUCAUGGAGUUUUAUUUUGACGACAACGAUUUCAUAUGGAGCGUUCGUACUACCGACGGAAAACUGGUUAAAAGUCAGUUCGAUAGUCUCUUGCAAAAGCGAUGGAAAAGUGCUUCGGAGGCUGGCGUUUGCCGGUAUCAACUGACUAAUCUGCAGACCAAAGUUCUUUCCGGUACGUUUGGAUUCGUGGCACAGCUGAAUGCAAACAGAGCUACUCAACGGAGGGUACCUCAAAACUUGCAGAAAGUCAACAACUCUUUUGAUCCAAUCGAGUUCAACUUCAACAAAGUUGCAGCACAAGAGGUUUUGUUGAAGCCAGUCCAUAAAGAAGCUUCUGGCAAAAUGGAGGACAAUGCUGCUGUUAUAAUCAAUGUUAGUCCUUUAGAGUUUGGCAACAGUCUACUUGUCCCUAGUGUGACAGCAAACAUCCCUCAAAGAGUCACUCAAGAGGGACUUGAUCUCCUUGUGAGGCUAAUGCUUCUCAGCAGUGAUGUGAAUUUAAAGGCUGGUUUCAACAGCCCUGGAGGUUAUGCAUCUGUUAAUCAUCAACACUAUCAUCUCUACUAUCUCAGGGAGAGACUCUACCUAGAAAAAGCGAGUGUAGAACAUAUUGCUGGGCCGUGUUUUGCGCUAACUGAUUUUCCAUCCAAAGGAUUUGCUUUUCAACUUCACAACGAUCCAGCUCUUCUUGCCAAGAACGUAUUCAUUCUGGUGUCAUACCUUUGUGCAAAUGAAAUUGCUCACAAUCUGUUUGUGACGCGAGGAAAACGUUUCGACGAAACACCUACGGAUGCCUAUGAUACAAUACGAGUGUUCGUCUGGGCUAGGGAAGCCUCUUUCGGAGUCAAAGAAGAAAUUGGUUUCAAUCCUGCUCUUUGCGAAUUAGCCGGACACCUUUUAAUCAAAGAACCUCUAGCGUACGAAGUCGUGACAGAAAAAGAUGCUGCCGAAAUGCUCGACAGCAUCACUAGGCCCUGGUACCAUCAAGUCCGCGAAAAUAUACACAAUCUCUUUCUUGCUACGUAGUCAAAAAUGAUCACCCGGUUGACAGAUGACUGGAGAAAAUGGCUCUUGCAAUUAAAUAAUGCCAGCUUUUCAUCUAGUUCUUCAGGCGCAUAGUGAAACUCAUUUUCGAAUUUUUUUUUAGUUUUUUUUUUUUUCAUUACUCUAGUUUGGAGCGCAGCCACGUCUUGGUGGUCGUUUGCUCACAUACAAAAUGCUGACCAGUGAAAGGGCCGUUUUUUGUUCUGUCGUAAAGUAAUUUUUCAUUUUGACAUGAUAAUUACGUGUCACCUUAGCUACGAUGAUAGAUUC